CAAGCAAGCCAGCAGGCGAGUAGGGCUGUGCCAGGGGAAAGAACCAACAGGGCUUCCAGUGCGACGAACACACUCAUCGAGUUGCAUUUCGGGACGAAGAGCUGUCGAAUCAUUCACUGCGGUAACAGGAGGUACUGCUUGGGGUUGGGAUGUCUUUUGUGCGGACGGUCAGGAUGCGGGUCCCUGCUGGCACCGCCAAGCCUGGACCGGCCAUCGGACAGGCGCUUGGUCCUCUGGGCAUCAACAUGAUGGAGUUCUGCAAGAAGUUCAACGAGGAGACCAAGCACAUCGUGCAGAACACGCCCAUGCCUUGUGAGCUGACGGCCUACACCGACAGAAGCUUUACGUUCAAGCUGAGCACGCCGCAGACGACGUGGAUGCUCAAGCGGUGCGCGGGUAUUAAGAAGGGCGGGUCCAGAGCCGGUCACGAGUACUGUGGAAAGAUCGGUCUCAAGGCCCUGUACGAGAUCGCAAAGGUGAAGAACGCGGAGGAGCACAGCGUCCUGCUUCCCCUGGAGAGUGUUUGCAAGUCCGUGAGGGCGACGGCGCUGUCGAUGGGGCUGGAGAUAGUGGACGACAGAGAGUCUCUCAAGCAAAAGGGCGGCGGCUUGUGAUCUCGAUGUGUUGCGAUAGUGUCGCGCUCUAUUUCAAGUAAAGUGAACCUUUUGAUCUAGUGUUUUUUUGCGUGGUAGCGAACGGGCAGGUUUGAUUGUUUGGGAUAGGAGUCAUGGGGGUGUAGUUCAUAGAAGGGGUAAUGCGAUACCAAAAGUACGAAUAUGUUUCGUUGCGCUGUAUGCGUACGCAUCCCAUUCGCGCCGCGUUUGGGCGCAGGCCUUCGGCCAAAAGAACUUGCCGUUUCGGAUUGCGGUAUUCCAAACUGUGGCUAGGGACAUCCGCGGGGCUGUUCGGCCGUGCAGGGUACGAGUCUUGUGAGGAUCUGCCGUGUGGAAGAGCGGAGCAACCACCUACCACGAAAUAUAUACAACAUAUAUAUUUUUUCAGUAUCGUCGUGUUGGCACAAAUCUUGGUUGCGAUUUUACAGAACGAAAUUGUUACUAGAAGUUUCGAAAUCAAUUCCUGGCAAGAUUGUUCAUGUCUGAGCCCCAAGCCACAGACGGAAACACGAAGUGCAAGAUAUUCUGCAGCAGAGUCGAAGAGACCAGCAGGGUGUUAGGAUGAUCCGAACUGGGGGUAGCUUGUCGCAAGACGUGUGUUGAAUAGGGUGUCGGCAACUCGGCGAGCUCGCGCCAAGGAGGAAAGACGUGUAGGGUUUGUUGCAUAAACUUCUUCUUCACAUGAACUCACAUGAACUUACAUAAAACACAUAUAAAACUGAACGCACGCGUGCACGCACCACCAUGAGGGGGCGACGCAGUAUACAACAGGGGUACCUUGCACAUCCUGGAAAUACAUUCCACGUACCACACAAUCCUACAACCACUUGGCAUUGCUACAAGUAUAUCUAUCAGCCCCCCUGCUUGUGACCAUGCCAUGUCUUUUUCGAUCCUCAAUAACUCCAAAACACAAGAAAAUAAAAUCAGAAACUCCACUCAACUCUAGAACAAUAGCCUCAUUGGCUAGACAUCAAUAACCAUCCCCGAUCAUACCAGUUAUACUUCUUCGAACUUCAGUGAACUUGUUGCCCCCCAGCCUAGAACAUCAUCCAUUGAGAAAAACCAUAGGCAAAAAUGUAAAAUGUUGCCACCCCAGUUGUUUGAUCACACACAAAAUAAACCCGAACACCAAGAUAUUAAUCCAUACUCAUCACGUAGUUACGAUGAAACUCAAAAUCUCCCGCGUGAAGUGCUUUCGUGAGAAAGUCAGCAUGUUGAUACGCCGAUUCCACGUGAAAAAUCGAAAUCUCCUUCCUGCCUACCAGUUCCCUGAUAAAGUGGUGCCUUACGUCGAUGUGCUUCGAGUUACUGUUGCUUAUCGGGUUUUGCGCCAACUGAAUAGCCCCUUGGUUAUCCUCGAACACCGGAAUACAUGGCAUGCCUGCUUCUGGUAACAUGAAACGCCACACCUGCCUCAGAAACAACACUUCCUUCAUCACAUCCGCAAAAGAGACAUACUCCGCCUCUGUCGUGCUCAACGUAACGCACUUCUGGGUCCUUGAAAACCAAGAAAUACAUCCCCCCCCACACAUCACCAAUCCCCCUGACACAGACCUCCUAUCGGCAGCCUUACUUGCAUAGUCUGCGUCUGCGAACACCUCCAUGCUUAAUCCUGCUACACUACCCCUCCUGAAUGUAAUACCCAAGUCACUAGUCCUUACCACAUACCCCAAAAUACCAAGCCCUGCUCUCCAAUGAAUCUCUUUUGGAGAGGCACAGUACCGUGCCACCGCUCUUACUGCAUUCGCGAUAUCUGGCCUCGUUUGCGUUGCCAGCCACAUCAAUGAUCCUAUCAGCUCACGAAAAGGCCAUGAUACCACUUCCUCAUCCUGGUCAAACUCUGAAAGCUUCAACCCUACAGGAAGAGGAAUUUCCUUCCCGUACUCUACCCCAAACUCCAUCCCCAACUCUUCAGCGUACGUCUGCUGCGAGAUCUUCAAAGUUCCUGCAUCCCAAUCUCUCUCAUAAAAACAUCCAGAGUACCAUCUCAAAUCCCCAAGAUUCUUCACAGGUACCAUGGUGUUGAGGUCCCUGCCAAACUGGUCACACCUCUCCUCCUCUCCUAUCGAAAAUAUAUCAUCUACAUGUACCACCAGAGUCACUACCACUCUUCCCUCCUCAAUCAACCGAAACACACACGUAUCCGCC